AAAGACGGCAUUCCUUGCCAAACAGCUUUAUUCUUGUUAACCUGUAUACAUCAAGAAAGGUGAAAUGAAGCGACACCUUUUGAUCAUUAGUGUUUUGAAGUGUUUGGUUCUAACCACUCAAGGAGAAGGGGAAAAACAGCAGCUGACAACAGAUGGAUUUAACUUUGAAGAGUACAAUUAUACCUUUGUGGAUGAGGAUCAGUCAACUCCUUGCAGUGUAAAUGUGCCUGGAUUCAAUAGUAUGGGCCUGAUGAUCACCUACAUCAUCGUGUUUGUUUUCAGCAUGGUAGGCAACAGUGUAGUUGUCUAUGUGGUUUGUUAUAUGAAGAAAGGCAGAGCCAGCACAGACAUCUACUUAAUGCACCUGGCGAUGGCAGACCUUCUCUUCUCUUUUACCCUCCCGUUCUGGGCCAUCGAUGUUCAUUCUGGUUGGAUCUUCGGCAACUUCCUGUGCAAACUUCUGUCCGGCUUUCAGGAGGCAUCAGUUUACAGUGGUGUUUUCCUGCUGGCAUGCAUCAGUGUAGACCGUCACUUUGCCAUAGUGAGAGCUACACGUGCCCUGUCCUCGCGUCACCUGUUGGUGAAAGUGACGUGCAGUAUCGUGUGGCUGGUGGCUGGACUGCUGUCCUUACCUGUGGCUAUUCAGAAGGAGAGCCUGCAUAUUGAAGACCUGGGUCAAUCCAUUUGCUAUGAAAACCUAACUGGUGAAAGCAGUCACCACUGGCGUGUUGGCAUACGCGUUCUACGCCACACGAUGGGCUUUUUCCUCCCACUGCUGAUAAUGGCUGUCUGCUACGGGUGGACUUUGGUGACGCUGUUUCACGUACGUAAUCACCAAAAGCAAAAGGCCAUGCGCGUCAUCCUGGCAGUUGUGUUUGCAUUUGUUCUGUGCUGGCUGCCUUAUAACGUUACAGUACUGAUUGACACACUCAUACGAGGAGGAUCAAUUGAGGAGACAUGUGACACUCGCUACAGAGUGGAAUGGAUGCUAAAUGUGACCCAGCUGUUGGCCUUCAUGCACUGUGCAGUGAAUCCAGUGCUGUACGCCUUCAUUGGGCAGAAGUUCCGUAACCAGCUGCUCUCAGCUCUUUACAAACAUGGCCUCAUCAGCAAGAGGCUCCAGGUGGCUUACAGGAAGAGCUCUUUCAGCAGCGUAGGGAGCUUCAGAUCUAGACACACGUCCACUACUAUGUAAUGAUCUCCUGAUAGAUGAUUAUUUACAUACAACAUAUUUGAAAAGACAAUUUGCUUUCUUACCAAUGGUUAGAUGAGAAGAUGGAUACCACACUCAUGUCUGUACGAGUCAAUGCAUAGCUGGAGCCAGCAGCUGGUUAGCUUAGCUUACCAUAAAGACUUGAAACAAGGCUAUACAGUUAGCCUA